CUUUCUCUUUUCUUUCUCCACUGCAGAUUUAUUCAUGAACUCGUUACGGACCCACUUUGUGUUUGCCUGUGAAAAUGAUUACCUAACCAUUAGGUGCCCAACAGGGACGUUAAUAAGCAUACAAAAUGCAAACUACGGGCGGAGAGUGCCCAGUACUGACAUGUGCCCACUGCCGUGGACGUCGUUAGGGACGCGAAGCGACAGCCUAAUUCUUAGUGAAAAUAUUAAUUGUAGAGCAGCUGAUUCAUUACAAAUUAUUACAGAUAGGUGUGAAGAUACGUCGGAUUGUAGGAUAGAAGUAAAAACAAGUUUAUUCAACAUGGACCCUUGUCCGACAACGCAUAAAUACCUUGAUGUUUCAUAUAAAUGUAGACCACAUCAAUUCACGAAGGUGGAGACAUGUGAGGAUAAACACAUGAAUGUAUAUUGUAAAGAAGAAAACCAAGUAGUCGCCAUCUAUAAUGCACAUUUUGGCAGGUUAUUACCAGGCAGUAUGGAGUGCCCUUCGUAUUCAAUGCAUGAAUUAGAAUGCCAAACAGAUGAUGCCUUAGCACAGAUGAUGCAGCGUUGCCAUGGGAGACGGCACUGUGCUGUCAAGGCUGGUAGCAAGAUCUUUGGCGAUCCCUGUCCAGAAGACACACAUAAAUACCUCAUUGUGCUUUACUCAUGUGGUAAGUCUCAUUUGAUGGUGGUGGUCUUCAAUACCAGAGUUUGUUACUUUAGCUCCUGA